AUGAAAAAUGUACCUAUCUCGUGGGAGAAAGUGCCCAUUCUUGGCAGCACUUCAUCGGACAUCGCGGAAGAGGGUGUGUUGUUUCCAAUCAAGAAACCAUGCCUAGUCACACGAAUCGUCUCUGUGCUAAUGAAGAUUGGUACUGCGGCUCUUUGGGCUCUUGGCUGCUUUUUCCUAUACCUAACAGUGUCUGCAUGCACCUCCAGGGAAGCGCAGAUUUCACCAGUCCAUCGCGAUCAGCUAACCUAUUCCCCGGCACAAGACGCAAUCCGCUACAAGGAGCAAGUCUUUACCAAUGGCUUCACCGAGACAUCACGCUACCAAGGUCCGCCCUCGAAGGAACUCGACCGGGCUUGGUGGGCCUUGUACACACACAUGACACGGAUCCCGCCCGAGGACGCGGCCCAGUUGGAAAACACCACCGUUCCCAUUCCGGGAGACCCGGACGGGUACUAUGGGGUCAUAUUUGAUGUUUUCCACUCGCUGCACUGUCUUGACGAGCUGCGCAAGCACCUCUGGCCGGACCAUUACAAGUCUUUUGCCGAGCGUUAUCACGUCAGUCAGGAGGUUGCUGAUAUGCACAUGGAUCACUGCGUUGACGCCAUCCGGCAAUCCCUCAUGUGCCAUGCCGAUGUGAGCACCAUAACAUUCAACCACGGAGGUCCCAAUGACGACGAAACGGACCUCCAUAUCUCGGGAGGGCACGUACACACGUGCCGCGACUGGGAGGCUAUUGAGGAAUAUGUUGCGGCCCACGAGUUUGUUACUCCCAUGCGACCCAAGAGAGUUGAAGAUAUCAUCCUAGGCGGCGAAUGGGUUGACUCGGAAUAA